AUGCAGUACAUGCUCAAUGUGCUGUCUCCAUUCGCUCAAAUGAAUGUGUUCCAGGAGCUCGUGUGGUUCGUAAGUCCGCAUCAGCGGUUGGACCAAGUAGAUGAGUUCAUCAUGCGCAUAGACGAGGCUUUCGGAAAGUCCGCAACCCAGACGGUUGUGAAUACCAAUACCGAGAUGCGAAUGAGCCACUCGUCGGCGCGAAGGAACCACAUCAGCCUUGUGUUUACCACUGGGGCGGAAGAUCCCAUAAUGAAGGUGUUCAGUACGGUUCUACUUGGACGUCACUUCUACUUCUCGAUGGUAAUAUAUGUGGACAAGGUGGGUGACAUGCAGCCGAUCCACGAGCUUCUGGCCUUUGCCUACAACCAGCAGUUCAUCAACUCUUUGGUGUACUUCCAAUCGGAGGAGGGCAUCAACCAGCUUUUUGGGGUCUCCAAGUUUCCCGUCAUGACCUUCGAGAAUCGCACCGACAUUUUGAGGUACUUCGGAGUAAUGUGGAAGCGGGUGCAGGAUGCUCGCUCGGAUGUAGAAGGUUUUCGAUUUGCCACACCACUGCGCCAGGACCUGCCACACCUGUUCCAAUCGCAAGGACACUAUGAGGGUAGUACGUACCGGAUAAUAGAGACCUUUGUGAGAUUCAUCAACGGCAGUAUCACGGAGCUUGUAAUGCCGCCAGAUGGCCUCGGUGGGCAGGUGAUUAAUAUGAAGGAUGCCCUGCAGUUGAUCCGCGAGCGCAAGGUGGAGUUCUGUGCCCAUGCCUACGCCUUGUUCAUGCCCGAUGAGGAGCUGGACAAGACAUACCCAUUACUGGUGGUUCAGUGGUGCCUAAUGGUUCCGCUCUACAACAGCGUCUCCACCUACUUUUACCCACUUCAGCCCUUUGCCUGGGAUGUGUGGCUCUUUGCACUGGGAGCUCUGCUGGCCCUGGUUCUCCUGGAGCUGAUGUGGCUCAGGAUGUUCGGUGGCUGGUCGGGUUACCACGGCGCUGUGCUGAACUCCUUUUGUUAUAUCAUCAAUGUGCCCAUCGAGGGCCAGUUACAACAGCCCUGCCUGCUUCGAUUUCUCCUUCUGGCCACGGUGUUCUUUCACGGAUUCUUCCUUUCCGCCUACUACACAUCCAACUUGGGAAGCAUCCUCACGGUGAAUCUCUUCCACGCCCAGAUCAACACCAUGAAUGACAUAGUGAGUGCCCAGUUGCCCGUCAUGAUUAUCGACUACGAAAUGGAUUUUUUGCUGCACCUGAACAAGGAGUUGCCCCCGGAGUUCUUAGAGCUGCUACGCCCCGUGGAUUCGGCGAUUUUCUCGCAGCACCAGACGAGUUUCAACAGCUCAUUUGCCUAUUUCGUCACCGACGAUCACUGGCAGUUCCUCGACGAGCAGCAGAAGCAUCUGAAGCAGCGGCUCUUCAAGCUGAGCGGCAUUUGCUUUGGCUCCUAUCACCUGGCCUUCCCCCUCCAGAUGGACUCGUCCUUGUGGCGCGACCUCGAGUACUUCACAUUCCGCAUCCACUCCUCGGGUCUCCUCAACUUCUAUGCUCGCAGCAGCUUUGGAUCUGCCCUCCAUGCUGGCUUGGUCCAGCGAAUGCCGGAGAACCAGGAGUAUACAUCUGCGGGACUGCAGCAUCUGGCCAUUGCCUUCAUCCUUCUGCUUGUGAUGAGCUUUUUGGCCGGCAUCGUGUUCGUCCUGGAAAAGCUUUCUAGUUAA